AUGUCCUUUAGUAGCACUACUACACAACUCUACGAGCUUAGCUUCGCACGGAACAAAUUUCUCGAUAUGCGAACCUUUAAAAACAAGGUCACUAUAAGAGCACGAAACUUCUACGAGGAUAAGUUCUUUACUGUAUACUACUACUUGAAGGACUACCUAGACUAUAAGUCCUCGAAGUCUCGAGGCAAGAAAGCUCUUAAGGAGAAGUACGACGCGUGGCCUAUCCCUCCGACAAAGCAGGUCGGCAAUCGCGGUCGAAAGACUAAAGAUAUCGCUAAGGCCCUCGCGGACGCCGACGAGGACGGCUUUAACUUCGAGAGCGACGAGGAGUAG